AGAGAGAAGUGAAUGUGAUGGGAAACGAGUGUGACGUUUCACGGUCGUUCCGUGUGAUGCCCGUGCGUCGGUUUCUGAGUGUACCUUACCGCGAAUUUAGCUGUUAAAACAGUAUUCGCGAUGCCCCAACGGGAUGAAUCCGACCGUCGGGCUGCGUCUCAGGUUGAUCUCAGCCUGGCUUUAGAUUCCCUUCAACGCCGAUCAUGUGCUUACGGCAGUCUCCCUCACCACUACAAACCGCAGUAUUCAUUUGAAUCCCCGUCUUCUACGACGUCUGCUUCCACCACUCGGAGUAACAGUACGGCAGACGAGGAAGAAGAUGGGAAACGCCGUUUGCAUUGGAACAAAGUGGACGAUGCAGGAGUGAAAGCAGAUUUAAUGCGAUUGUGGUUCACAGAAUUCAGUGACAUCCAGAGAAACGCGUUCUUGCGAGAGAUGAUCGAACUGUGUGGGCCGCCCCAAAUCCACACGCUCUCUUUGUUGGUCGAAGACCAACUUCACCGUGACUGUCCGCACAAUUGUAAAGAUUUUCUUGCCUGGCUGCCGCAACAUGUUUGCCACGCCAUUUUGUCCCACCUCGAUCCUGUUUCCCUUGCGAGAGCGUCGCAAGUGUCUCAUCUCUGGAGAGAACUCGCGACGAAUGAAUUCCUUUGGAAGAAGCUUUGUCUAGCGCAUUCGUGGACUUUGAAAAAGCCGGAAAGUUCAACGUGGAAGGAUUUUUUCGCCAUGCGAUGGAGAGUGCGAAAGAAUUGGCUGUCAGCUCGGUGCCAUAUCCGAACGUUUGUCGGUCACACGCACGCAGUGACGUGCGUGCAAAUGGACGACACGCGGAUCGUUUCCGGUUCGCAUGAUCAAACGAUCAAAGUUUGGGACGUGAGAACCAACAGCAAGUGGUCUGUUAUGACAUUGGUGGGCCACUCUGGUACUGUGCGUUGUCUGCAGCUACUCGGAGGAGAGUCGACUCCGAAGCUUGUUUCGGGAUCCUCCGAUGGUACCAUCAAGGUGUGGGAUUUAGCCAUGAAACCGGAAUGGUCGUCGAUUGCGUGUCGAACGACCAUGGUUGGGCAUCUCGAAACCGUUCGGUGCCUCCAGGCGGACGAAGAACGAGUUAUCAGUGGAUCGUACGACAGAACUCUGAAGAUUUGGUGCAUUAAAACCGGUCGUUGUCUGCGAACGCUUACUGGUCAUACUGGAAAGGUUCUCACCGUAUUUUACGAUGCUGCCGACAAUACCUUAAUCUCUGGCUCUGACGACUGUCACAUAAAGGUUUGGAGAAUGGAAUCCGGUCAUUGCGUGAAUACACUUGAGGGACACACUGAGGCAGUGACUUCGUUGACGCUGGCUGCUGGAGACGGGAGUGAAAGACGAAUAAUCUCUGGUUCUUUGGAUCGAACCAUCAAAGUGUGGUCACUUUUAUCUGGAGAUUGUUUGUCGACGUUGGAUUGGAUGAACUCCGAGGGUCACACAGGAGUUAUCCGUUGUUUGCAAGCGGAUUCUUGGCGGAUCGUGUCUGCGGCGGAUGAUAAAACAAUCAAGAUGUGGUCUCUGGAAAGCGGUAAACGGUUGGUCACUUUUCGCAAGCACGAAGACGGAGUCACCUGUGUCCAUUUCAACGACUUCACCAUGGUUUCGGGCUCUUAUGACAAAACGGUGAAGCUCUGGGACUUCCGCGUUUGCUAAUUGUAGUACAGUUCAGUACUUGGAGUCGGUCGUGUUCUUCAUCGAGUAUCAUUUUUGUAUUGGCGAACGCAAGGUCGAAUUUUUUUUUUUCUUUUCGUCUUGAGCAACACCCAGAAUUUUAAGUUUGGUCUAAUCUUUGACAGCUUUUCAACGAUUGAAGCCACAGCUGCCGCUAUUAUAUUUUAUGAAUAGGAAAAUUAGGAUAUGAUUUCUUCCUUGUUGCAGAUAAAAAGUCUUGCCUUGUGUCUCUCGUCGAAUUGUGAAGGGCUUUUACAAAUACUCAUAUACGAGCUGAGAUGGAUGUUCGAGAUUCAUUUUCAGAAAAUGUUGUGAUGAUUUAUUGGUACACUGCAGCGCUCGGAUCUUUUGCUUUUUCAUUAUGGUAAGAGGGGGUUUUGGAGGUCUUUUGAAGUUUCCUUCAAAUGGUCAUUGCAAGGAUUUUUACGGUUUUUCUCC